GUGAUGAAAAAUGAGAAGAACGAGUUAAUCCCAACUCGAAACGUCACAGGAUGGCGAAUGUACAUAGACUACAGAAGGCUGAACAAUGCUACAAGAAAAGACCAUUUUCUCCUACCAUUCAUGGAUCAGAUGUUGGAGAGAUUAUCAGGUCAAGCAUACUACUGCUUCAUAGAUGGAUAUUCCGGAUACAAUCAGAUAGUAGUGGACCCUGCAGAUUAA